AUGACGUAGGUCAGCUUCUAGCAGGAAUACCUCCUGAAAACUCCACGUCAAUCUGCCUUUCGUAGUCCUGUGCCGAGGAUCCUAUACAAACACAUACAGUUACGGCUAGGUCUCCAUGUACUGGUCGCGUGUAUGCCACCCGGCGAAGGCUUUAGCAUUACACGAGCUUUGAACACGGUAGAGGCGAGUGCUUUGUCCGGAAACACCCGAUUCACGACUCUUCCAUAGCCCUGGGUCACAGAACGUGUAAGACAGGAAGCCAAGAGGACACAGUACACUUCCUGACAUUAUCUUCGCAUUCCGGUCGUAUACAGUGUAUUCCAUACUGUGAUCAGCCAACGUUUUCUUUGGGGGCCGCAGCAAAGAUGGCAUCCUCGCCGCCACCUCGACGGCGCUUCAUCCCCGAGCCAUUCGAGACGACCACCGCAUCCUCUCGUAGACCUCCAUACAGGGUUGAUGAUGAUCUCAAAGCAACAAAGCGAUUUGCGCCUGAACACAUCGAAACUACGGUCAAGAGUAGUCGGAAGCUGUCCACAGCAGGGAGUGAAACGCCGCCGAAGGCGAGGAGGAGAUUUGCUCCUGAGCCUGUGGAGAUGUCUUCGAAAAGUAAUCGAAAGCCACCGCAGGACGGAGCAUUGUCUACGCAGCAAGAGUGUGAUCCCGAGCCAGAGACGACCACACGACCAAAUCGCGAAACAGCGCAUACUUCAGACACCGACCGCUCAAACAGCAGCUCCAGAUCACUAUCUGGGACUGACCAAAGCUCUACUGAUGGGUCACCGAAGCGCCCUAGACGAAAGUUUGCUCCACAACUUAUCGAAACCUCGAAACGAACCAGGAAAGCUGGCGACGACCAACCAGCCGUCUUACCUUCCGACCGCACGGAAGCUGUCACAAUGUUGCAUCUUGCAAUUCCGAAGCAUAUGCGCCCAGAAACCGACCCAGAACCUCCAGUGAACACACCUACGGGGCUCCGUGAAGAUGAAAGCAUAGACGAAGUUCUGGAAGCUCGUCGGCUAGGCAAAGCCAUCCCAGCGAGGUCGGCGUCCCGAAGCUCAAAUCGCUCGCACUCUUUUCGAGUGCCAGAAUUGGAUACUAUUGAGUCAUCACAAUCGGAAGAUUCCAAUCCACCAUCUCUUUCAACUUCUCCAUCCUCUGAUAAACCAUACCUCUACAAACAUGCAACUCGUAUUCGAGAGAGUGUUGAUGACAGGUAUUCAGGCUACCUUCUGCAGAUCGCAGCGAGGGCCGCGGAGAAACAGCUGCGUGAUCAAGCCAUGGCAGCGUUUCCCAACAACGACUUUCAUGAACCAGUGCAGCAUUAUAUUGAUAGGGAUUCGGAUGAAUACGUCACGAGAGACCAAGAUCGAGAGUCCUCGUACACGCAGGUCAAUUGGGACCUGCGGGAGAUGCAAGAGUUUCGCAAAAAGCUAUCACAGAACAACUUCCAAGACAAGAAAGUGACGGCUAAGACAGGGUCAAAAGUGCAAGAAGCUACGCGUGGUCCAUGGGGCAAUCCAUCGUUAGCACUUGGACGGCCUCCACCUCGAAACAAGGAAAAUGACGGUGUGCCUGCGCGUACUCGCCCCCCAAUGUUAGGCGAAGACAUCAGUUUUCCUCGGUGUAAUUCGCCCGAGCCAGCACGAUUCGACGUCACACAAGGGUGCUUCAAGGUCAAAGAGUCAAUGUGCUACCUGACUGAACAGAGCCAGCACAUGGAAGAUAAGGGCAAAGAGGGUCUGUGGGCAAGCAAACCGUCCAACAUCAAGCGUUUACCAAGCGACGCAUCUCAUAGCACAACGACAAGUAGUGGUGCUGGUCUGUGGGGUGGUUGCUGUGUCGCACCGGCUACGACACCAACGAGAGGCAACUCUGGUUUAAUGACACCGAGCAUUGGUGUCCAAACUCCAAUUCAAACUCCCUGCUCCACACCAUUCCGUUCCAGCUUUUCACCAAGCGGGCCGCAGGACUACUUUUCCAGCGUGCACGAGAAGCUCGAGCUGGAGCAGACGAUCGAAGAGGAAUUCAACGAUGCUUUCGUCACCCAGGUGUAUAAUUAUCUCUCCCUUGGGUAUCCAUCAAUCGCGCGAGAGUUUGAUGAUGAGCUUAGUAAGAUCGCACGCAUUGAGGUUCACGAGUUGCGGCAUGACGACGAACUUGUAAAGGACCGCGGAUACAUACGAUUCGGAGACGAGGAGCACUCGGCGGAUGUAUCAGAAGACUCAUGCAUGCGGUGGAAAGCGCUUCGAACGUACAUUCGCGAGUGGGCAAAACAGCAGCCACGAAUGGUGUCUGGAGCCCAUGCUCUAGGGGGCUUUGGAGUAGGAGCAAGACGAGGCAGUUGGGCGAUCUGAGCUAAUUACCGUGGGUCAUAUUAAGGAUAU